GGCGCGGUCGUUUGUUGUGCGGGUGGGCGCGCGUUCGCGCGCGAGCGCUUGCACUCUGCCGACAUUGUAUUGCAUUUGAUCACUAUCUCCAAGGAUCAUGUCACCAAGGUGGUGUCAUUUGGUGUCCAGGGCAUUGCUCGGGAUUUUGCUAUCUGCAGUGUUGGCGGAGGCAAGGGGAGUCAAGAGUGAAGCGGCAUUACGCAAAACAAUGGAGGGAGACACUUGGAUGGUUUUCAACCUGCACAGAGCUGUCGGUGACGAGGAGGCGAUCACCGUAGAAUUAUAUGGAAGAUUUUUGUCCGGAGUUGAGAGGAUCACCAUCGAGCCGCACGAUCACCAUGAUGACCUCCCCGAGAAGGAGCUUGAGGUUGCGCCUGCCAGCAUCAAGUCCGGUUCCAUCCGAUGGACGGUGUGUGGAACAGAGAGAACAACAUGGGCGCGGGUCAAGAUUCACUGGACGACCUCAGCGAAGAAAGACGAAAAGACCGUCGAAUGUGUCAUGAAGACUGUCAACAUCACCGUCGCCGACGGAGCCAGAUGGGAGGUGAAGCCCAGCCACGUGGAGUACCGCCGGCUGCUCUGGCCGACCGGCUCGGCCUCGCACGCCGCGCUUGUGCUGCGCGGCGCUGAGGACGUGUCGGCGACGGCCUGCGUCGUGAGCCAGUGUGCAGACCUGGAUUCGAUCACAGCCGCCCCUGGUGCCAAGUGCAAACAGUUCACGCUGUGUGAACAUAUGACCCUGACCUUACCGCGCAGUGAAUCCUCGUAUCUCUACGUGCGGAUUGACCAGUCCGAGGCCAGCUCGACUUUGGGGAAAAAACUGAAGCUAAACUUUGCAACGGGAAGGGCAGUGGACGUGGACCGGUACAUUGCGGACCAUGCGUGCGGGUCUCCAAAGCCGGAGGAGUCGGCGGGCGGGGCCGCGCCCUACUCACCGCUGCCGUCCCCCGGACGCCCGGCUCCUGGCCCGGCGGCCGCCCCGGAGCCGGCGGCCGGCGGCCGGGCGCCUGCGAGCCGGGGUGCCUCCGACUCGUUGCUGCCCCCCGAGGGCGACUCCGCCCCCGGCCCGGCCACCGGCGUGCAGUCGGCCGCAGCGCCGUCGUCGGUAUCCCAGCGGACUCCGGUCAGGACAGAGGCGGUGAUCGUGCCGGCGGCGCCGCCGGGACACGGCACUGCCCAGAUCGGUGACAUCUCGGGCCGCUCCGGGCCCGUCUCCAACACGGCCACCGCCAACGGCAACACGGUCAACAUGUCGGUGCAUCUGGCCUUGCCAGCGUCCGCCGAUCUGCCCGCGAGCCGGUCUCAGCCCAAGCCCCGAACCCAGCCGCGGCCGGUGGUGGACACCGACCCCGAGCCCGAGCUCGAGCCCGAGCCCGAGGCUGUGUCUGCUGUGGAGGCCCUACCGCUAGGUGCGCCCGCUGGCGGCGUGGUCAGCGCUCAGCAGCCGCAAUCUCUCCUUUUUCGGCCGUCGUCCAAGGAGCUAGAGUCGGGACUACUCCGAUUCAGCAUGGAGGCGAAAGCCCCAAUUGAAGUCAUUUUGCAUCUGAAAAACAGCUCGAAGGUGCUUCGCCUCUCCUCUGGGAGCGGGGGACGUGCCGCGACGGACCUAUGCCCGGCCGGGCUGGUGGACGGGCAGCUCCGCGCCACCGUCACCACUGCGGCGCGGCGCGAGACGGCAUUCGUGGCAUGGCUGGACGGCCGCCCAGACGCGCCGCUGAGGGUGAACCGGCAGGAGGAACUGGACCUGACCCAAGAGCGCGCCGAGGUGCGACAGAUCAGCUUCCCGGACUGGAGCUCGCCGCUCGGACUCCAGCUGAACAUGGGACCGGGCCGGUGUCUGCUCGUGUCUCUCUACAAACGGAUGUGCCAGGCGCUGGCCGGCCCGCGGCUCCAGAGCAAGCUGCACAAGUACUUGGCGGACGGCGACUACCUCGCCCUGCCGCGGAGCCUGUCGCAGGACCUGACGGCGUUCGUGCGCACCGAGUGGGCGGCGCCGGAGAGGUGUGGUCUGUCGGCGGCCGCGCUACCCGGCCCCUUGCGCGCGCUGCUCACCCUCGUGCGUCACGAGGACGGCCCCGCCUGGGUGCGGCUGCUGCUGCCGCCACUGGCGGCGCUCUUCCUGCCGGUCUUCGCUAGCGUCGUGGUUCGCCGCUCCGCCGCCAGGCUGCGGCGGCGCCGCCACACCAGCGGGGGCCAGACCGUCCGUAUCGAGGAGCUGGAGGCCUCACCACAGCUGCCGCGCCGGCUGCCGCCGCUAGACGCCGCCGAAGCUGAACAGCUGGCGCUGCCGGCGGCCGGCCGCGCCCCCCCGGCCACCAUCCUGUCGGAGGCGGGCUACCCGGACCUGUCGCACGAGAAGCGACAGCAACAGCAGCAGCAGCAGCAGCAGCAGCAGCAGCAGCAGCAGCAGCAGACUGCCACACUGCCCGACGACGAGACGUGCCCGCCGCAGACCACGUCGCUCUCGGAGCCCACGUACCCUGACCUGUCCGGCGAGAAGCGGCGGCUGGCGGCGCAGCUGGCCGGGCCGGGCGCGUCCGCGCCGACAGCCGACGCAGCGGCCCCCGUCGCCGCCGCCGCCGCCGCCGACGACCGCAAGGAAGAGUGGGCGGCUCGCCUGGGCGUGGGCGGAGCGCCGGCGGCGCCAUCCGCUCCCGAUGAGGCCGCCCACGCACCCGAGGCCAGCGCGGCGCUGCUGCCGAGGUCGAAGCAGCGCGGCCUGGAGCCCGUCGCCGCCGCCGCCAUCGCCGACGUCGAGGCCGGGCAGCUGCAGCCGCGCCACGCCGCGAUCACGGCCGCCGGCUGCGCCAUCCCCGUUCUGGCCGCCACAACGUACCAGUCUGUUACGGCGCUGCAGCUGUUCGCCGCCGGGGACGCGGGCGUGUGUGCCGCCUCGCCCAUCUACUCGGUGGUGUCCGUCGGCGUGCCCGGUCUGGGCGGCCUGGUCAACUUGGUGCCGGCCGUCGCCUUCGCCGCCGGCCUCUGGCUCGUGCGCCGCUCGUGGACGCGUGCCGCCGCCGCUGUGACCAAGACGGGCGCGGUGGCUGCCUGGCCCGUGCCUGGCGCCGAGUGGCUGCUGCUGGGGCUCGCCGCCCAGUCGGCCGUCGCCGGACUCUGCCCCGGCCACCUGCAGCUGUUCGCCGGCAUGCUGACGGCCGGCUCGCCUGUGUUUCAGUGCCAGGCGCUGGCCGGCCCGCGGCUCCAGAGCAAGCUGCACAAGUACUUGGCGGACGGCGACUACCUCGCCCUGCCGCGGAGCCUGUCGCAGGACCUGACGGCGUUCGUGCGCACCGAGUGGGCGGCGCCGGAGAGGUGUGGUCUGUCGGCGGCCGCGCUACCCGGCCCCUUGCGCGCGCUGCUCACCCUCGUGCGUCACGAGGACGGCCCCGCCUGGGUGCGGCUGCUGCUGCCGCCACUGGCGGCGCUCUUCCUGCCGGUCUUCGCUAGCGUCGUGGUUCGCCGCUCCGCCGCCAGGUGCGCUACGCCGCCGAAGCUGAACAGCUGGCGCUGCCGGCGGCCGGCCGCGCCCCCCCGGCCACCAUCCUGUCGGAGGCGGGCUACCCGGACCUGUCGCACGAGAAGCGACAGCAACAGCAGCAGCAGCAGCAGCAGCAGCAGCAGCAGCAGCAGCAGCAGCAGACUGCCCACACUGCCCGACGACGAGACGUGCCCGCCGCAGACCACGUCGCUCUCGGAGCCCACGUACCCUGACCUGUCCGGCGAGAAGCGGCGGCUGGCGGCGCAGCUGGCCGGGCCGGGCGCGUCCGCGCCGACAGCCGACGCAGCGGCCCCCGUCGCCGCCGCCGCCGCCGCCGACGACCGCAAGGAAGAGUGGGCGGCUCGCCUGGGCGUGGGCGGAGCGCCGGCGGCGCCAUCCGCUCCCGAUGAGGCCGCCCACGCACCCGAGGCCAGCGCGGCGCUGCUGCCGAGGUCGAAGCAGCGCGGCCUGGAGCCCGUCGCCGCCGCCGCCAUCGCCGACGUCGAGGCCGGGCAGCUGCAGCCGCGCCACGCCGCGAUCACGGCCGCCGGCUGCGCCAUCCCCGUUCUGGCCGCCACAACGUACCAGUCUGUUACGGCGCUGCAGCUGUUCGCCGCCGGGGACGCGGGCGUGUGUGCCGCCUCGCCCAUCUACUCGGUGGUGUCCGUCGGCGUGCCCGGUCUGGGCGGCCUGGUCAACUUGGUGCCGGCCGUCGCCUUCGCCGCCGGCCUCUGGCUCGUGCGCCGCUCGUGGACGCGUGCCGCCGCCGCUGUGACCAAGACGGGCGCGGUGGCUGCCUGGCCCGUGCCUGGCGCCGAGUGGCUGCUGCUGGGGCUCGCCGCCCAGUCGGCCGUCGCCGGACUCUGCCCCGGCCACCUGCAGCUGUUCGCCGGCAGUGAGUGA